AUGCCACCGCUUGCGAACCCUGAGAUAUCUGACUGUUCGUCAGACCUCAGCUCAGAGCUGUCCGAUGAGGAUGAGACGAAGGAGGAUGAGGACAGAGUUCCCCUGGAGCAGUUUGCCACGAAUGAACAGUUUGCAGCAACGCUGGAACUCUUGCAGCUACCCCCAGCUGAAAGAAGCAGAGAAAAUGUGGAAUGCAUCUUUGACUUGGUGCGAGACAACAAAUUCUUUGCGGAGUUGGAUGCUGAGAUGUCCCUCGAGCUCUGCCGGCACAUGACAUACACUACACUCAAGCAAGACAGAGUGGUGUUCUACAAAGGAGAUCCGGCCGACAACUGGUAUCUCAUUCUUGCCGGCAAAGCUGGGGUGUACAUUGAGGAGCUAAAAGAUGCGCCGGAACGCGAAGGAGCAGAUCAAGGGGAGUUGUCUCCAAAACAAGGACAGAGGCUCAUCCGCAAUGACGUGCGCUCCGCUGCGCUGGUGACACACAGUGACUCGCUCUUCCUGACUCUGGACAAGAAGUCAUUUCAGCACUGUCUCGGCAACUUUUUGAAGCAAAAGACAGAUGACAAAGUCCAGACCCUGCGGCAGGUGUUGCCUGGGGCAAAAGAGCUUCGCAAGCUGGUGGUGGAACAGCUGACUUAUUUCUUUAAAGAAGCGACUCUCCAGAAGGACGUACCACUCAGCACAGAAGGCAAUAGGGAGGAUACGCUCUAUCUUAUCGUCAAGGAAGAUAUGUCGGCGACUUUCACUCCAUCUGCGCUGGAGCGUCCGAGGCCCAAUCCGCUGUGGAUUCCAUCAGUCAGCCAGGUGGUUUCUCGAGCCAUCCGCCAGCAGCGUGAAAAAGCUGUGCGAGAGAACGGCCGUCCUGGCACACCAGGAAGCCGCACAAACUCUUUGCCGCCCUCAGCUGCUGCGGCCAGCGGCACCUGGGACCAGGAGACGGCGGUUUUGCCUGAGCUGAAUAGCUCCCCUAGAAAUGAGAAGAGCGCUCAGCCGUCUGUGUUGCUUGAAGAGCUAGACUUGGCGCUAUUGCAGGAAGGAUGCAUAGUUAACUUCUGCUCCCUCUUUUUUGAUUCCCCAGAGCCGUUUUCUGUUUUUGCGUUCUCCGCCAAGACUCAGGUUUUCUCCAUCUCCAAGUCCGAGCUGUUUAAGCACAUGCCACCUAGUGUACUAGAUGCAGUCCGCGUCACUGGGUUACUGCUGCUGCAGCACCUCGAGCGGCGCAUUGGGAAGCAAGAAGAGCGCAUACGACGGCUGGAACUGCUGCACCAGAGAGACGCCACGCAAAGCAGCGGCGACUUCGCAUCGGCAGAGAACAAUACAGGCGCCGGAGAGGCGUCGUCCGGCAUGAAUCGGUUUCUUCUUCCGCUUACAUUCUCACCCUUUCUCUCGCAGCAGAUGGAGGAGUACAUUGACGCUUCAUCGAUCUCGCUUGCCAGCCAUUUCGACCGAUUCACACGCAACCUUCUGUGCUUUCAACCGCAUACGGCGGUGCUUAACCACGCCACUUACCAGCUGCUGCGACAACAGAAGCAGCGCCGAACUCAGCGACACCAGGCGGCCUCAUCGCAGCAGCAAGGCGAGCUUCAGCCCUCUCGAGCCCAGCAACAGAAGCAACUCAGUACCGAGUCACCAACGGGUGGAGUGCAUGAUAGUGCCGAAGCUCCAUCUGCCCGCUGGGUUGCUCAAGUCGAUCCAGCAGUCAGUGCAAAAAGAACCCCAGAACAGGAUUCAUCCAGCCAGCAGUGUUCUCCGGGGUUUCAUGGGACACUCUCUAUCUGCCAAAAAUCUCCCGAAACCAAAUCCAUUCAGCCACCACUCCAUAGGAACGAGGCUUCUCAAGGGGAACUACUGAGGUACAAUGAAGCCCCUAAUUCGUUUCCAGGGAUGUCUACAAAAACCUCCCCUGUCUCCCCGAACCUUCUGAAGCACCGAGCAGCCAGCGCUUCUGCAAAGCUGAUAGCGGAAGGGAGUAUCACCUCAGCAGCGGGCGGAGGUGGAACCAGCAGCUGCGCGAAAAUUCUAGACGUCACAGCAAAUCCUGAAGCCCCUGGUGGUACUGAAGCAAACGGAGUGACGGAGGCGAUUGCCGCGAGAGAAGCCGCUGCGUGCGCCGCGUCUGCCCUUGCUUUAGGGCACCCCAUAGUUUCCGAUUCGGCUCUCGAAUUUUUCUUCCGAAACAUCAGCAGAGACGCUGUAAACAUCAACAACAAGUUCUGCUGCCAAUGCCAAGGCGAAGCUCAAGUGGCCUCCCAACGCGGAAGACACUUUCAAACCACCAAGCGGGAUAGCGCACAGUCAAAGAAAGCCCACCGGGAAUCGGAUCCUCAGCAGGAGGUGCAAGGGAAUCUCACCCCACGACAGCAGGAUUGUCCUAAAAAAAGAGGAACUGUCGCGGUGCCAUUGAUUAAAGCUUCUGGAACCUUGGUUUCUUUAGCGACAGAGUCUUCCGGUCAGGUCGCUUCGCCGGGCGGUCACAUCAAUAGUGCUACAAGGCAGGGGGGGACUACUCGGUCAGCAACCCCACCGGGGCAGAGGAGACAUUCGCUACCAUCGAACGGUAGCAAGACGGCACGGGAGCUUCCGGAUGCUCUAGUUCAGCAGCAGCAGCAGCAUCACCAGCAGCUUCUGGCUAAGAGUGCAGAAAUACCGUGCCUUCAUCUGCUGCUCCAGACGCCGGAAGCGUACAGGCAAAAGGACCGCGGAGUUUCACUGAGAGGAAUGGCAGCAGCAAUGCAGUUAUUUUCAGCAAGCGUGCAGCACAGCUCAGGGAAGUCUGUUUUAGAGGCUGCGGAUGGAAGGGGUGUGAAGGCAUGUCUCUUCAGUGAAAGGCAGCGCGUUCCUGAUGCUGACAUCCAAGCCAAGCGACAGGAUGUUUCAUCCCAACACUAG